AUGGUCCCAAGAAAACCCACUUUGCUUAAUCCUUACAGAGUUUUAAAAUAUUCCGACGAAUUCGUGACAUUUGAGGGGAUUCUGAUCCUAUUCAUCAACUGGGUGCUGUUUCUGUAUAGGUUUGUCUUGCUGAAUUGA